AAACAAACACGAGAAAGCUUCAAUGGAGAAGAGUAAUGGCCUACAAGUGAUUCUGUUUCCACUUCCAUUACAAGGCUGCAUCAACCCUAUGAUUCAGCUUGCAAAGAUCCUCCACUCAAGAGGUUUCUCAAUCACUGUUAUCCACACGUGCUUCAACGCUCCAAGAGCUUCAAGCCACCCUUUCUUCAAACUCCUACAAAUUCCAGAUGGCUUGUCUGAAAUAGAGACAAGAUCUCACGAUGUUAAUCUGAUGCUCACUCUUCUCAAUGAAAGAUGCGAGUCCCCAUUUCGUGACUGUUUGACUAAGCUGUUGCAAGCUCCAGAUUCAGAAACAGAGCGAAAGAAACAGAUGAUUAGCUGUUUGAUCCAUGAUUCUGGAUGGACCUUCACAGAACCUCUAGCCAAGAGUUUGAAUCUUCCGAGAUUGGUCCUUAACGCAACAAAGGCUUCCUUCUUUCGCGGUCAUUUUGCUCUUCCUCAGCUCCAUCGUGAAAGACAUCUUCCACUACAAGAUUCAGAACAAGAGGAUCCGGUUCGAGAGUUUCCGCCGCUUCGAAAGAAAGAUGUCUACCGGCUUCUUGAUGAAGAAUCGGAGGUACUAGAUGCGUACUUGAAUCGGAUUUACGACGCAACAAAGUCAUCUUCAGGUCUCAUAUUCAUGUCAUGUGAAGAGCUGGACCAAGAGUCUCUGACUCAGACACGUCAAGAUUUUCAAAUCCCAGUCUUUGCGAUAGGACCUUCUCACACUCGCUUUCCGGCUUCUUCUAGUAGCUUACUAGCACCAGACGAGACUUGCAUUCCAUGGUUAGAUAAACAAGAAGACAGAUCCGUGAUUUACGUGAGUUUUGGAAGCCUCGUGACCAUAAGUGAAUCGGAGUUAUUGGAGAUUGCUUGGGGUCUAAGUAACAGCGACCAACCCUUUUUGUGGGUCGUACGUGUUGGUAUGGUCAAUGGCAUUAAAUGGAUCGAGGCUAUACCGGAAGAAGUCAUGGAAAUGCUUAAUAAGAAUGGAAAGAUUGUGAAAUGGGCACCGCAGCAAGAGGUUCUAAAGCAUCAAGCUAUUGGAGGAUACUUGACACACAAUGGUUGGAACUCAACGGUUGAGAGUGUUUGCGAAGGGGUUCCGAUGAUCUGUUUGCCUUUUAUAUGGGACCAGUUUCUAAAUGCAAGAUUCGUAUGUGACAUAUGGAGGGUCGGACUGCAUCUAGAGAAUCGGAUUGAGAGAAAUGAGAUCGAAGGAACAAUAAGAAUAUUAUUCUUGGAAGCUAAAGGAGAAGUAAUCCGUGAGAGGAUUGAACUUCUUAAGGAAAAAGUAGGAACAUCGGUUAAACAAAAUGGUUCGGCAUAUCAAUGUUUGGAAAGUUUGGUCGAUCAUAUAUUUCAUCUUUCUAGUAAUUAAUUGUAUGCCUGAUGCUUUGUUGAUCUUCUUGUUGCUGUAUAAUAACAUGUUAAUCUGUUAAAGAAAUAUAAUAUGUUAUC